AUGGCUCCCGUGCUCCUCGAAGUCGAGGCGUGCGGCACCAAGGUAGCCCUCGCGAAGGACAUCCCCGUGGCGGAGUCUGGCGCGGAGGCCUCCCUCAAGGAGGUCCCCAAGAAGGACCUGACCGCGUUCGCCAAGGCCGUGUCUGCCGCCCACGAGCCGAGCGCUUUCGCCGACUGGACGACCCCGUCGAACCCGCGCCGCAACAACGGGCGCGAGGGUGAGGCCAAGGAGUCUCCAGAGGAGAAGCUCGCCACGGCGGGCAUCGACGAGUGGAAGACCGGCAAGGGCGAGCCCAACCUGGUCGACUGCUCCAAGAGCACCACCCCGAUCGACCCACCGACGGCCCCCAGCGGCGUCACCAAAGAAGAUCCGGCUCUCGAGCCGGCGGCGGCCGGCGACGCGCCGCUGCCGUCGAUGAAGGAGUUCCCGGCGGCGCGCACCUCGCAUUCUGCGCCGUGCGGCGACGCCGACCGGACCGUUUCGGCCAAGGAGUCUCCGGGGGGCAUCUCAAUCGGUUUCUCCGGCUGGACCAACCCGUCGAAACUGCGCCGCAAGAAGGCGCGCAAGGGCUCGUCCGCCCGGGUCGGCCGCGUCGAGAACGUCUCCCGGGUCGGCGGCAAGAACCGGUUCGGGGCCCUGCUCGGAACGAACGGCAACGAGGACGUCGGUGGCGGCGGCAAGGUGGCCCACAAGGCGCGGCCGCCCCGCAUCUCCACGCCGCCGACCACGGACUCGGGCAUGGUCGAGACGACCACAGUUCCCACGCUGGACAGCUCCGUCUCUGCCUCCGGCCGGUUCUCGUGGCCCAAGCUCUGCCCGUCCUACAACUUGCUCCGCCUCUUUGCCAGCCUGGCGCUGAUCUGCCUCGGAGCCGCGUUUGCGCACUCCUCGUGCUCUGCCACUUCCGCGCUUCUCUCCUCGCAGCGGUACGACUCCCCGUGGCCGACAUCGCCUCUCGCAACCGUCGCGAAGCCGCCUUUCACGCCGGCAUCGCCCAACGGCUUCUGCGAGGUUGGCGGCAUCGACACCAGCUCGUUUGUAGCCAUCGUAUCGUCGGACAGCGCGCCCGCCAACCACCCGGGCGGACGCGACGAGGGGCGCUCGUGGGAAGCACUGAUGGACGAGAUCGGCGAGGCGGUGGGCGAGCCGUUGCACCUAAUUGGCGAGCCGCUGGCGUCCGUCAAGGAAAUUUACGAGAAGCAGCCGGCCGAGGCCGACUUGGAGACCGUCCCGGCCUCGCGCAACAGCAUGGAGCGCAAGGGCGAGCCUGAGAUCGACCUCGUCGGUCCCGUCUACAGCAACAGGACGGGGAUCAUCGCUCGGGGACGCGACACCGUCUUGCUCGUGAACGACACGUCGCCCGUGCGGCCUGCCGACGCUGGGAAGCCUGGGAUGCUGGAGGUGCGGAAGCUGGUCGAGACUGGCCUCGGCGCGCCCGUCGCUAGCAUGCACGCCGGAGGCGAGUGGCGGGCGAACGACGGAUUGACGGACGCUUCUCGAGACCCAACCAAGGACCUCUUCCUCCAGCGUUGCCAGGCCAUCGAACCUCUUCUCGCGGCCACGCUUGAGGGGCCGGCGUGGCCUGCAGAGGUCCGUGCCGCUCAGAUCUCCGAUUCGAACUCGGUCCAGUCCGAUAUCUCCUCCGUCUCACGUGUGUGCGCCGACCGGCAGCCACGCUGCGCCGCCCCCGUUGCGUGGCAUGCGGAGCCUCACCACGCACUCACCGACGAGCGCUCCAAGACCGACAAGCCGCCCGCGAACCCGCCGGUCGACAAGCUCUCCAUGAUCGACCUGCCCUCCCCGUUCCACUUUCCCUUCAUGAGCGGACCCUCCUCUUCCGCGCCUGUCCGCACCCAGCAGCGCUGUCAGUUUUGGGCCGCCUUGUUCGUGCUGCUCGGAGCGUGCGGCGGCGUGCUGCCCUCGGUGCGGAGGAGCAGCUCGGGGCGCCUCGUGCGGUGCCGGACGGGGGCGAGGCGUGGCGCGUGGCUGCUGAUUCUCGCCGCGCUGUUCCCGCUGGCAUGUGCACCAUCAGUCCACACGUCAUCAAUCGACUUCCAGGUCACUGUGGGUGGCGGCAGCUACCCGUCCGAAGUGUCGUGGGACCUGACGUGCAGCGGCGCGUUGAUCGGCAGUGGAGGGGCCCCCUACUCCGGCACCCUGUCCGCGCCGCUCGGCGAGUGCACGCUCGACAUGUACGACUGGUACGGCGACGGCUGGAACGGCGACUUGUGGAAGGGUGCGGGCUAUACGUUCACGCUCGACUCCGGAUCCUACGGCAACGAGACGAGCGGCGGCACUCCAUCGUCUAGCACAGGCCCGAGCGGCGACCACACCACCGGCUCGGGCUACUACCUCUACACCGAGGCCACACCGGACACGCAGCGCUCCAACAAGCUGCACCAGCUCGAGAGCCCGCUUCUCUCGCUCCAGCAGGAGGCCACCGUCUCCUUCUUCUACCACAUGUACGGCUCCAACAUGGGCACCCUCUCCAUCGAGGCCAACGGCACCGAGACGGGCUGGACGACGCUUUGGAGCAGGACCGGCGACCAGGGCAAUAGCUGGCUCGAAGCGGUAGUGAUCCUACCCGCCUCGACGACGAAGAAGGGCGGCGUCGUCUUCGCGGUUAUCAGUGAGUCUCUCUCCAUCGCGGGUGUGGACUUCAUCAACAACAGAGCGGGCCUCUCAGGCUCGGUGCUGUACAUGGAAAACCUCGACCAACGCUCCUCGAUCAGCGACGCCUCCUUCACCGGCAACACCGCUGGCGACGACAACGACGGUGCCACGAUACAGACCGACAAGCCGAUAGACUGGGACUGCCGCUUGGGCAGCUGGAUGCCGCGCAAGGGCUCCUUUUUUGGCGACUUCAGC